GCUGAAACCGAGCCGCUCAACGUAGUUGAGGUUGCAAUGCGCUACCGUAACAGAGUCGAAGCUGUUGUAGGUAAAAGCUACACGAAAAGACUACGGCACAAGUUCUCGCGAGGAUCACUUGCCAAACGCUCAUUCAGAUAUCUAGUGAAACCAAAGAACAUGUCAGAAGACGGAUAUGACUCUUUUGACGAUGAUGUUGUGAUGACAAAUCCUAGCUCAUUAGAAUGUCCGGAUAACUCGGAUACUUCACUUCCAGCCACACCUCCGCCAGGUAUGGAUGAGUUGGUUGUUUUUGUUAGUAGCAUUAUUAUCUGCCGAAUUCAUUCAUAA